AUGGAGGUCAGUACAGUAGAUUUUGGAGGGCUAUGGCAUAUGGGGGACUUUGCUGGAUUACCCUUUGACGUGCUUACCUGUGCAGCCACGGAGCCCGACAAUGGUGCCAAAGCCGUGGCUCAAGUCAAUUCCCAGGGGAUAGGCGAGCUGACCAAUCUGCGCACUCUGGUGCUCAGCUGGUCUGAGCAACUGCAGCGGCUGCCGGAGGGUACAAGCCAUCUUGGUGACCUGCGGGAGCUGACCUUGAGCUGCUGCAGUAAGCUGACAGCACUGCCAGCAUCCAUCACUCAACUGACCCGCCUCAACACUCUCGAGGCCCCCAUGUGUAUCAAGCUCGCAUCUGCACCUCGAGCCUUGGAAAACCUCUCAUGCCUACGGGAGCUGGAUUUGACGGGUUGUGUUCGUCUGAAGAAGACUUUGGAAUCACUGCCGCGGUCUUUGGAAUCACUGCCGCGGUCUUUGGAAACCUUGAGCUUGGGAAACGACACCAGGAGCAUCGUUCUUCCAGACUUGUCAGCGACUCCAAAUCUCAAGAAGCUGAAUCUGAUUCGGGUUACCAUCAGGAACGCACCAACAACCAGCCGUUGCCUCUCUCAGAUAGAGCACUUGGAGUUGCGCCUGGGUACUGAACAAACAGAGCCUCCACUCCUGCUCGGGUUCCUUUCACGCCUCCGUGAUCUACGCCUCUCAAAUGCAGUGUCUUUGCGACACCUGCCUCAUGAGAUCGGCUCUGCUCUGCCUCAGCUGCGGCAGCUGCAUGUGGAAGGAGCGGAAUCUCUCACGGAGAUUCCAGAAAGUGUGAUGCGGCUGGUGCAACUCACAUCUCUUCACAUGGAAGCUCCAAGCUGA